AUGGUUGCCAUAUAUGAUGAGGAUGACGAGGACGAGGAUACGAUGUUACAAUGGUUUAUCUCUCAUGUGGGUUCUUCUCCUGAGUGUUAUCUAGAUAUCAGUACAAGUAACAGCAAUAAAAUAGCUAGUAGUAGUAAUAGUAGUAUACAAACUAACUAUAGUAGUAGUCGUUGUAGUAGUAGUAGUAGCAGUAGCAGUACAGUAAGGAAGAAUCCUGACCAAAGCAAACUGCAACAACAACAACAGCAAACUCAACAACAACAGCAGCAGCAAACACAACAACAACAAGCAACAAAUAACCAAGGUACCCAAAAUAGAAAGAAUGAAUCUCCGACAAUGUCACCAACCUCCACUUCACCAACUUCCACUUCACCACCAGCCAUCACUAUAAACGAACCAUCACAACAACAACAACAACAGAAUAACAAAUUUACACCAGGUGUGAUUACACCAAAGACUGCCUCACCUAAUACACAGACCCCACCUGAAAGCCCUAGAAAGGCUGACAACACUGGCAAUGUUAAUAGUGUCAAUCAAUAUCUCAACGGAGCACACAAGGAUGUCAGUAAAACUGGUAGAAAGAGCAAUGGAGGCGAGUAUACACCACUAGACUAUGUAGAUUCAUCUCCAAAGGUUGAUCAUGGUAGUUUACCAAAGAGAAAGGCAAGUGGACCACCAGAAAUCUUACCAGAAGAAAUUGAAUAUGACUUAAAGAACGACUUUUUAGGUCAAGGAUCCUUUGGAUCUGUGUAUAAAGGAAAAUGUAGAGGACAAGAAGUCGCUGUAAAAGUACCAAGAAAACAAAAAUUGAAUCUAUACGAAUUAACUAGUUUUAGACAUGAAGUUAAAAUUAUGAGUAAAAUAUUUCAUCCAAAUGUAGUAUUAUUUUUAGGAGCAUGUACACAAUCUGGAAAGAUGCAAAUCGUAACUGAAUUGUGUCAAACAGAUUUGGAAAGACUUCUUCACAACGAUAGAACAAAAAAAGAGUUUAGUUUAUUCAGACGUAUGCAAAUGGCCAAGGAUGCCGCCUUGGGAAUGAAUUGGUUACAUGGUAUCACUAGAAUAGUUCACAAUGAUCUUAAAACUGCCAAUCUUUUGGUAGAUAGUAAUCUUCGUAUCAAAGUUACAGAUUUUGGUUUCAGUCAAAUCAAGGAAGGUGAAGAAUUCCAAGACAAGGCCGCAAAAGGAACUCCAUUAUGGAUGGCACCAGAAGUAAUGAUGGGAAAUCCAUACAAUGAAAAAGCAGAUGUUUAUAGUUUUGGUAUUAUUUUAUGGGAGAUUUUAACAAAGGAAGCUCCUUAUUCACAUCACAAAGACUAUGAUAUUUUCUUUAAUGCAGUUUGCAACGAAAGAGAGAGACCACCCAUCCCAUUGGAUACUCUCCCAUCUCUUAAACAUUUGAUCCAAAGCAGUUGGGACCACAACCCAGCAUCUCGUCCAGGCUUCUCCGAGAUUCUCUUUAGACUCAACGAGAUUCUUAUCGAUUGCGCCGUCGAGUUUGACGAGGGUCGUAGAUAUUGGAAGGAACAUUUCUUGGUUCCAAAACAAGAGUUGCAAGAAGAGGUUGAAUGGUCUGACUUUGAAAAGACUCUAAAGUCUGUUCUCCAAACUCCAGGUCUCGACUACUCCUCAUUAAAGGAACUUUUGGUACAACAAUCUCAUCAAACCGUCCAAAAGACCAAACAUGUUGUUACAAUGGAACGUUUUGACAAGGUAAUGAAAUGGUUUGGUUCUUUCUUUGAACAAUCAAAUGGUGUAGACAUUAUUACAAAUAUUAACAAAUUAUCUGGAAAAUUAUGGUUCCAUGGUGAUAUUUCAAGAGAAGAGGCAACUGAACGUUUAUUAAAGGAAACCGAAGGAUCAUUUUUAAUUAGAUUGAGUUCAACUGAACCAAAAUCAAGUCCAUUUACAUUGUCGAUGAAGAAUAAUCAACAUCGUCGUAUCCAACUUAUCGAUGACAAUAACAGUACUGGUUUCAAGAUUCAAGGCAAGACUGCUGUAUACAACAGUCUCAUUGAAUUGGUAGAAAAAUGUACCGAUUAUCCAUUGACAAAGGCUUGUCCAAAGCAUGGCCAAGAUGUCUUUAAUCCAUAUGAUCCAUUCAGUGAAGAUUAG